GCUUCUUUUGCAGCAACGUCUAGAACAAAUAUGCGAGCUGUGAUCGUGAGGAAAGAAUCCAUUAUAUUAAUAAUUCUCAUGGGUUUGGCAUAUACCGAAUCAACGCGCUGUCCUAAAAAUGGCGUUGCCUACAACAGAUGUGGUGACCGAUGUCUCUGUACACACGGUAGACUUACGCAGUGCGCGCGUAUACGAAGAGACUUCAUCUCCAUGAAUUGGGGCGAGAGGCUGAGAUUCGUUCGUACUUUCCUCGCGGCCACCAAACAGGAGCCUUACAAGAGUGAGUACGAAAGACUGGUAGCCACUCAUACAAGGAAUUUCAAAACAGGGAUACAUAAGCAGGAACAAUUUCUUCCUUGGCAUCGUUGGUAUUUGUUACAAAUGGAAAACUUGUUUCGAAAAAUUGAUUGUCGAGUAACCGUACCUUACUGGGACUGGAGUCUAUUUUCUGGAACGCCAUGGCGCUCAACGCUAAACGACUUAUUCUCAUCCGCCCCGUGGGGAUUUGGUGGCAAUGGUCAUGGCGGUGAAUACUGCGUAACAAGCGGACCUUUCAACCGCUAUCAAUGGCAAACAACCGCAUCUAAUCAUCGACAGUGCUUAAAAAGACGCUUCAAUGGUAACCCACCAGACAUUGUAGCCGUGGCUGAGAUCAUGAAGUACAACGAUCGUCAAUUCAACGAUUUCGAGAUUGCCGUUCGUGACACGUUGCAUGACAAUAUGCAUUGUAGGAUAGGGGGGAGGGGAGGUACAAUGUGUUCACUCUCAUCUGCUAAUGCUCCCGAGUUUCUACUUCAUCACGGCUUUACUGAUAAACUGUGGAGUGACUGGCAGAAGAAAGGUUGGAACUACAAGAAUGCGUAUUUCAAGCGGGUUUUUAGUAGAAUGACCGAUACUGGGCUUAGACCGGACGCCGUGUUGGACCUAAAUCACCAGCCCGGUGGUGUGAGGGUGAUAUAUCAAGACCCUACGCACAGUAAAUAUCAAGAAGUCCAUCGGUAUUUACAACAACUGACAUUACAGGAACUUAAAGACAUACCCAGACACAGGUAACCAAAAACUCUAAUCUUUGACAAACC